AUGCCAAAAUGGACGGAAGUUCUUUCGUUGCACGCUAUCGAUCCGGACAGUCCAGAAAUGCCAGUGAAAUAUAACAUCAUUGACGGUGACCAAUUUGGCUCCUUCACUAUUGACGCCAAAGGAAUAUUACGUACGUCGGCAGUUUUGGAUCGUGAAGCAUUCGAAUCUUACUGGUUAACAGUUGAAGCAAGCGAUUUGGCUCAAGUUCCUCUGUCAUCCGUACUUCACGUUUUUGUUCGUGUUCUUGACAAAAAUGAUCACGUACCAUUCUCACUGCGACCGAUUUAUUUUGCCAGUGUUCCAGAGAACUCGCCCGAGGAUACAGUUGUCGUUAAAAUAGAGGCUGAAGAUAGAGAUGAUAUCUCGAAUAAUUAUGUUUCUAUGUCUGUGCGCUACAGGAUUAUCAGUGGUGAUCCUCAAAGCUUCUUUUUAAUCGAUCCAAAAACAGGUUAUGUGGUAACUCGCGGAAGACGUCGCCUUGACCGUGAAACCCAAAAAGAGUACGUUAUUACGGUUGAGAUAUGUGACCAGGGUGAUCCGAUACUCUGUAGUACCGUACCCAUUGUUAUUGCGGUCAAUGAUCUGAACGAUAAUUCGCCCUAUUUCAAGCAAUCCGCCUUCCGUUUUAUUGUACCGGCUGGCGAAGUUGGCGAGCUUUGCAGGCAGGCAUUACUUCAGCUUCAUUUGGUAUCUGCUAGGAGACAUUAA